AUGAGUGCCCACGUCGUAGUGAUUGACUCGACUGCCAGGCGGGCCACAAUCAAAACGACGCCUGGAAAAUACUUGACUGAUAUUCUGCAAGAAGCUUGCAUCAAGCUUGGUCAUAAUCCAAGCCAAUAUGGUCUAAAGUACAAUCGCAAGCAACUAGACUUAUCCUUAUCCUUUCGACUCUCCGGUCUAAUUUCUGGCGCAAAGCUGGAGCUUGUGCAACUAUCUCGGUCACCGUCCGUCGUUACGGUCGCGCUUCAACUUCCCGACUCCGAGGCCCGCGGAGCUCCAAAUGGGCGGAUUAUGGACAAAUUUCCGAGCACAACCACGCUGUGGUUAGUCCUGCGCAAGUUCGAAGCCGGUGUCGCAGGAAGCGGUCCUUUGAGAAAUCUCACAGCUCGCGGCGUUCCGCAUGCCGAAGGCAACUCUGGUGCUGGACGUUUAUACUACGAGAUUCCGGUACUACAGGUUCUUGGACGAGAGUUGUCGACCUUUACGGACCUGCAAAAGACACUUGCACAGAUAGGACUCAAUGAUGGGAAUGUGCUCAUGCGGCUCAGUUUCCGGCAGACCGAAGAACCACUGGAGGAGGCCAUGACCAAGAUUGCGGAAUACUUCCAGUCAUCCGAGAACGAGGUCUCGGCCGCAGUGCCUCCCCAGAGUACCACGACAAGUGCCGUGCCAGAACAAACGAAUGAGCCACAGGAGCCCCAGGGCUCAACGACAAGCUCGGUGGGCCAAGAAUCUGUCAGCGACGCUCCUUCUGGAGAUGGCCAGGAACCCACCGUGUCGACUUCUGAACCUAGUGAACCUACUGCUCCAACCUUAACUGCCGGUCGGUACGUAACCGUCUUCUCCCCACCGACCAGCGAUACCCCUUCUUCUGCACAAAUAAAACACAAUGAAGAAGACUACAUCCCGUCAAUCGAGCACGCAAAGGCCCAUCAGCGACUUCUCAACGAGGCAUCGCGCAACAAGCGGCUCUUCACAGACGCCGAAUUGGCUGCAAAAGCCGCCGAGGAAGAGGCCCGGCGAGCAAAUGUUCGUGAAGUCGAUGUAAAGGUUCGAUUUCCAGAUCAGAGCCAAGUGGUGGCUAAAUUUGGACCCCAAGACUCUGGCUCAACACUCUAUGCCUUUGUUCGCAGUUGCCUAGCACCGGCGCUAGCAGCUGAAAACUUCGUCUUGACUACUUUUUCUCAUCCAUCACCUGCCCGGUCUGCGCAUACAAACACUAUCCCGGACUCGGAUCAGUCUUUAUUAAUCAAACACCUCGGCUUAGCUGGCCGAGUUCUUCUCAAUUUUUCAUGGCGUGACGCGUCCCUGGCUAGCCAGCGUCGAACAGAUCUUUUGCGCCUUGAAUUGCGCAGUCAAGCUCGGGAGAUAAAGGUCGAGCAGCCCCCCGAGUCCGUCGAAGAGCCAUCCACAUCUCUUUCCUCCAAGUCGGAAGCAGGCGCUGCGCAGAAUACAGGAAAGCCCAGCGGCGGCCGUAAGAGUGGUGGUAUUCCCAAGUGGUUGAAAUUACCGGGCAAGAAAUGA